GCCCUCCCGGGGGCUCGCGGCCCGGGCCCGCGUCUGGGCACGCUCGUCCCCGCGCUUAACCUCUGCGCGCCCGGCUCGGUGCUGGCGGCGGGGAGCGCGAUCGUGCAGCCGCAGCCCCGCGGACCAUGACUUGCUACCGGGGCUUCCUGCUGGGCAGCUGCCGGCGCGUGGCGGGUGGCCGGGCGGCUCUGCGGGGCUCGGGGGCAGACGGCCGGCGGCCCCCGGGGCACGGGCAGCCGCGCGAGCUGGCGGGCGGUGGGAGCCCCGCCGACGGCGGCUUCCGCCCCUCGCGGGUGGUGGUGGUGUCGAAAACCACCCGCUACGAGUUCGAGCAGCAGCGGUACCGCUAUGCGGAGCUCUCGGAGGAGGAUCUGAAGCAGCUGCUUGCAUUGAAAGGCUCAAGCUACAGUGGACUACUUGAGCGACAUCAUAUUCACACCAAAAAUGUAGAACAUAUAAUUGACAGUUUGCGGGAUGAAGGAAUUGAGGUUCGUCUGGUAAAGCGGAGGGAGUAUGAUGAGGAGACUGUCCGGUGGGCAGACGCCGUCAUAGCUGCAGGAGGUGAUGGCACGAUGCUUCUGGCAGCAAGUAAAGUCCUGGACAGACUUAAACCUGUCAUUGGGGUCAACACUGAUCCAGAAAGGUCUGAAGGUCAUUUAUGCCUGCCUGUGCGAUACACACAUUCCUUCCCUGAAGCCUUACAGAAGUUCUCUCGUGGUGAGUUCAGGUGGCUGUGGAGGCAGCGUAUCAGGUUGUACCUGGAAGGGACUGGCAUAAACCCCACUCCUGUGGACCUUCAUGAACAGCAGCUGAGCUUGAGUCAGCAUAGCCGAGCCUUCAACAUCGAAAGAGUUGAUGAAAGAUCCGAGGCUUCAGGACCUCAGCUUUUGCCAGUGAGAGCACUCAAUGAAAUCUUCAUUGGGGAGAGCCUGUCUUCAAGAAUGCCUUAUUGUUGGGCUGUAGCAGUGGACAAUUUAAGAAGAAAUAUACCCAAUCUAAAGGGACUGGCUUCCUAUUAUGAGAUAUCAGUUGAUGAUGGCCCAUGGGAAAAGCAGAAGAGUUCGGGGCUCAAUUUAUGUACUGGAACAGGAUCAAAGGCCUGGUCAUUCAAUAUUAACAGGGUUGCCGCUCAGGCUGUUGAGGAUGUUUUAAAUAUUGCAAGACGACAAGGAAAUGUGACUCUUCCGUUGAACAAAGAAUUGGUAGAAAAAGUCACAAAUGAAUAUAAUGAAUCAUUGCUCUACAGUCCAGAAGAACCAAAAAUACUUUUCAGUAUUCGAGAGCCAAUAGCAAACAGAGUUUUCUCAAGCAGCCGUCAGCGUUGUUUCUCCACAAAAGUCAGUGUUCGGUCUCGAUGUUGGGAUGCCUGCAUGGUUGUGGAUGGAGGAACAUCUUUUGAGUUUAAUGAUGGAGCAAUUGCUUCAAUGAUGAUCAAUAAAGAAGAUGAGCUUCGAACUGUGAUUCUGGAACAAUGAAGAGUUUCCUUCACAACAGAUAUAAUUACUAGAAACAUUUCUCUCCAGCUAGAGAUGAACAGCCACAGACUGACCAAACAUUGGUUCUUAUUGACUGAUUACCACUAGAGUCAAAGGUGGCAGAGUGGAUCCAUGUGCUUUUCUGCUCCAUUCUGAUAGAUAAAAGCUGUUCACCAUGUGGCACACAGACGGACUAAAGGGAUUGGAAUUAUGUUGGUGAAGUUUCUACAUUAUUUACAGUUGGUAACCAAGGGUAUUGAUAUUCUUUAGAGAGACAGGUUAAAUAAAGGGUUAAAUAUUUAGGAUUUGAAACUUAACUGUACAAGUGUCGUUUUUUCUUCCUAACUCUGUGGCAUUGGCCACAUGGUCAUUUGAUUAGUGCAUUAUUUUUAUAGUUCCUAAAAUUAAAGAUUUUCAAAAAUUUUGAUGAUGGAAAAUUUUGAUAAAUCUUGAAGUUGACCUAACUAAAGUUGGUAAAUGUGUUUUAUAUUUGCUAAGAAUUUUCUAAUCCAGGAAACAAUGAUGAAAUCACUAUUGAUUGAGAAAAUGGAAUCAUUUUUUUAAAUUAUCUGUAGAUGAGCCUGACUUGUUUUGGUCAGGGUCAGUAGUGCUAGAAGAAAUGUGUCCUUUGGGACAAAUCAUGAUGCUUUGUAAAUGUAUUAAUUUUUUUCAUGACAGUUGUUGUUCAUACUUUUUUUUUUUUUUUGAAAAAUAACUUGAGUCCAAAGCCCCUUUUCUGUUUUUGGAUCUCUAUUAUGGAUGCAAGGAUUAGAAGGUUAACCAAUUAGUAGGUUCUGUUAAGAGUUCAGUAAAAGGUUCAAAAGAAACUUCCUUUAGUAUUAGGACUGCCAGCAAGAGAAUGGACUCCAGUAAGUUCCCAGCUUUGGAAUUGCCUUACUUGAGAAUUGUGGUUUUCAUUUACUGUCCUCCAAGUUUUAAACAAUAGCUUUGUAGGAUAAAACAUCAGAGCUUUUCCUUCUCCCAGUAUAAAAACCACUUUUUUUUUUUUUUUUUUGGAGGAAACCAUUUUCAUUUAAUUCUUGAUCUCCUUAAAAGUAACUAAUUUUCACAGAAAGCUCCCAUUGCUAAAUAAUGAAAUGGUAUUCUCUUGUCAUUUAUUCAGAGUUGUAUAUUUUUCACUUGUUGGUGAAAAUGUUCUUUCAUUGACAUGGUAUUUAUUGGAGACUCAUUCUGCGUCAUCUGUCACAGUAUGCCAUAGAGUGAAGUGUCAGACAUGGAAGUAGACUGUUUAUGGAACUUGAGCCUACACCUCACACAUGAAAACUGAAAGCUAGGAUGCAUGAUAGAUCGAUGCUCUAGCUUUGCCACACUCAAUAUGCUGCUCUUACCAAUUUAAAAAAAAAAUAUUCAGGGUGGUCUAGAUUUGUCUCGGUUUUGGUGUUUGUCCACAACACUUUCCCUGAGUAUCUGCAGAAGGAAGUAAGUCAGUGUUUUUGCGGAGCCAAGUCUAAUUUCUAGAUUACCUUAAUAAAAGAGAUACACUUAAGAUACGACUUUAUAUAGAAGUUAAAUUCCACACUAUAGAAAUUCCCCUGAAAGGCUUAACAUACUUUAUUAGGAAAAAAAAAAUGCCAUUCUUGUCCUUAAAAUAUCUAGGAAAGCUGGUUGAUUUACCACAGUUCUAUUAACAUGCACUAUUAACUGUUAACUAGCUGUGUAGAAUUGUUCAGAAGCAAAUUUGGAAAGAUAUUGAAAUUAUGUACUAUGUUCUGAUACAAUCUGCCUUCUGCUCUGUGGCAGGCGGGGAUUUGUCUGUAAUAGAUGAAUGGCGAAGGAUGUUGGUAUAUCAAAAAUGUCUUUUUGAAUGGGUUAAAUCUUUAUUGACCACUGUAUGCAAAUAAAAUUAAAUCAUUGUCUGUUCUUUUUUA